AUGAAUCGCAAAGCAGAAAUCAGGCUCUCAAAACCAUACCCUGGUGCAAUGACUGAACUCAGCCAGGGCACUGUCAUCCAAGUCGACACCGCCAUUGAAGGCAGUGUGACAGAUGUCGACAUCGAGUGGAUGCACCGUGACCUGUUGACGCUCAAAAAGGACACCACCACCUUCAAACGCCUCCGGGGCACGAUUGGGGAGUUGGGCAAAGAUGAGGCUGUUGUGUACUUCCCCAAAGACAAGUGGUUGGACCCCGAGUAUAUGGCAAAACGCGGCUACGAAUGGGCUCCGAUGAAGUAUAAAUUCACAAUGACCAAGGAUUGGUAUUCCGUCGCGGUUGUCUCCACGGUCAUGUCGGAUUCGGAUGACUUCCUUGGGCAUGCGGCCAGAUUGAUCGCUGCCGUAGAACCAUCCGCGCCCAGCAACAUGUAUUGUGGUCGAAUCAUUUACGACAAGGUCGAGCACUUCGAGGCACGGGCAGGUCUUGGUAAAGAUUUGAGAUUGUUGAUGGAGAUUCCGUUGAAGGAUCUUCACUUCAAGGCGCCAUAA